UCCUGGGUUAAGAACACAAACAGCCCAGUCAGGCCUCGGUGCACCAGGUAGCGUCCGAUCUGCUGAGGACAAGGACUGAAUUCACAGCCUGCUCUGCUGCAGAAAGACAUCUGUGCAGCGGCCGUUUGUUUCUUUUAAAAGAAACUCAAAUGUGCCUAAUUAUUGCCAGCCUGCUUCAACAUGGUCCACAGCUGGAACAGAGGAGGGACCCAAUAUUUAGCAGAGCAGAAAGAGGAACUUUGAAGGUUUGAUCAAAAUUAAGAGGUGAAGCUGCUGAGUUCAGGUCGCAGCGAGCCGGCAACAGGACAGAACAGAACUACAGCUGAGAAGAGAAGAGUGCACGGCUGAGCAAGAGAAAGGAGGGAGGUGAUCGGCUGGAUCGCCGUGCUGAGCGGCGGCCCGGAGCGCCUGUGGGCGGGGAGAGAGGAAGUGCGGUCGACAGAAGAGAGGAAUUCAAGCCCCAUUGUUCUGGACCGGCAGCGGCACAGCGGCGAGCCGAGGAGCCGGACAACAUGGACCUGAGCUCGGCCAUGGAGAAGGUGUCCGUGGAGCCGAGUGCAGGAGGUGCAGCGGCGUGUCGCAUAUGUGAGGAGCGCUGCUCUGGAUUCCAGCCGCAUUCCUGGAGGAAAGCGUGCGUCUCCUGCGGCUGCAGCGCGGCCGACCACCCCGCGGGGGGGGACGUGGAGGACGACCAGCGCAUGGGACGCCUGCUCGCGGACUCGCCCUGCGGCCAUUUGACGGCGAAGGUCAAAGGAGGCGGCGGCCUGCGCGUCUACAAGAGGAACCGCAUGAUCGUGACCAACCCGGUGGUGUCGCGCAAAGACCCGACCUUCAACACCACCACGUACGAGUGGGCGCCGGCCGGCGCGGCCCAGACGCUGGCCAUGCAGUACAUGGAGCUCGUGCCGCAGGCACAGCGUCCCGUCUCCGGGACGGGUGGAGCGCUGGAGCGACGGCGGCAACUCUUCGGUCAGCUUCCUGCCUACGAUCAGGACCCCAUGAAGUGCCAGAGCCUGGCGAGCGAGGAGGAGAUUUCCUCCAUGCUGCUGUUUGUGAAGAGCUACAAACAGGAGGUGCUGGGAGUCGGGGAGGUGGCCUUCCCCGGGGAGGGCCGGGCUCUGAGCGAAGCGGCCUCUCAGAGGACGGCCAAGGACGCCAAGGACGGCGGCGACAGGAGGGAUGCUCCCAGGCAGCAGGACUCCUCCUCCGCUGCUGGUUCCACUAACGGAACCGACGACGGGACCGGACAUCGGUGCACCGGUUGCCACGGUGAGGUCGCCAAGGAGACCCCGGCUGUUUACGCUGAGCGUGCAGGUUACCACGGCGCCCUGUGGCAUCCCGCCUGCUUCGUGUGCUCCGAGUGCGGCCAGGCUCUGGUGGACCUGGUCUACUUCUGGUCCGCUCACAAGCUGUUCUGCGGGCGCCACUUCUGCCAGACCGUGUGGCCGCGGUGCUCCGGCUGCGACGAGCUGAUCUUCUGUCAGUCCUUCCACACGGCGAAGGAUGGACGCACUUGGCAUCAUCAACACUACUGCUGCUGGCGGUGUGGGCGGAGCCUGGAUACGCCCUGUCAGCACUGAGGCGGGGCUAAAAAAAAAACCGCACAUACGACAUCGUGUGUCGUGAAGUAAAGAAAUAAGUGUAGCUUUUAAUCUUUGGACGUGUGUGCAGUGAUGGAGUCGACGAUGCCGUCGGGGUCUCCUGGUUCUCCUGGUCCUCGGCGUCGUCGCCUCCUUCAUCUUCUGGCCUUCGACCCUCCUUAAGGCAGAGUAAACACACAAAAUAGAAAAUAGGAAAUAAACAUUAUACCAAACAAAUGGGGCUGAAAGUUUAAUGCUGAUGCAACAUUUACUACUUAGAACAUGAUAACCAAGAAGUCCAGUUGCUAUUUGGAUGUUCAUGAUACUAAAGACAUCUAGUGGACGUUGUUGAAGUAUUUGAAGACUUACUGGUGUUUGAGGUACUUAAGCAAAUGUUACCUUGACAGAAGAGUGUGUAAAGUACUUUAACAAACAUUGGGUAGAUGUAGCAGCUCAGAUUCAACCAGCAGACAGUUUAGUAAAUGAAAGUAAAUUGAGCAAUAAAACAAUUUUAGAAAAGUUCAAAGUUGGUUGCAGUACUUUUUACCUUCUUGGAGCGUUGCAUGUUUAUUUUUUUGAGGAUUUUAUUUCCUCUGCUGCCUCCGAAGUUUCAAAGUUCCUGUUUCUGACUUUGGAAAGAGCAGUUAAAGAAACGCAGGUUCCACUUACUGUCUACUAGCGUUUGGUUGUUUCAUCUCCAUUUUGAAAAAAAAACACACAACAUCUGCUGAGCUCAUGACUAAACUUCCAACCGCAAUAUUUAGAUUAUAUUUAUUUCACCGGAUUUAUUUCAUCCUACAUAAUGUAACUAGCAGUUUAUCAUCUUUUUGGAUAAUCUAAGAUCUGUGGAUCUAUGAAGGCUGGAAAAGGCAUAAUAAUGAUCUAUAAUGAAUAGUAGGACUAUGCUGGAUUUUGAUUUUUUAUUUUGAACUAGACUAAAUUUUGACUCUCGGCCUCAAUUAUUUUUUCGAUUGAUUGCUGCUAGAAGGCGCUAAUUGUUGAGUGUGAAGUUUAAGCUUAAAAUAUAGUGUGACGAGAUCAGCUGAAAUAUUCAGCAAACAGACAAUACUGUUCAUCGGCGUAAAAUACAUCGCACAUGGCAAACGCAUAUCUCAUAAAGAUUGUGGUUUGGGUUCAGAUAAAUAUGGAUUGUUAGUUUGUGUUGACUUUGGCGCCCCCCUGCGACCCCCCCCCCCCCUCUCCGGUUUCUGGUGUAAUAACAGAUACAUAACUCCCGGAUAACAACACGGAUCCAGUCAAAGACUCGGGGGGUUUUUGUCGGUAAUCGCGGACACAGAUGUGAUUUGAAGCUCUGAAUGUGACCAUUUAGAUUUAUUUUAUUACACUGUGGGACAAAACACAAAACAGAUUACUGGAUUCCACAGUGAACAGUGACCGAUAUAAAUCAAAAUGUACGGUUUAAAUUCAUAAGUGAUGAUGUUAAAAAUAUGUUUCUGCUUCUCAUGUUUUGACAGCUGAUAGAAUAAAAGUCACUUCUGGUUAAACUCCA